AUCAACGUCAGGGGAUCAAAGCUAAAACUACACCAGAUAGAGACACAAGAACAGAUUUCCCAUAUAUAUAGAUAGAUAGAAGACCAUACUAUUAUCGGCAGCUAGCUAGGACCAUAGUAUCACACACACUCACACACUCGCUCUCUCUUCUUCCAAAUCCCAAUCGCCGGCCACUUGUCACUCUCCUCUGCUCACUGCUCCGAACAGAGGAGCUCCAACUCCAUCACCUCCUCUUCAGCAUCAGGAGGAGGAGGAGACGUCGUAGCGCUUGUGCCAAGCGAGCUAGCUAGCUAGGCACGAGAAAAUUCAGGCUGUGGUGAACUGAUCAGCGAUCACUGGUCAGUCACCUGAUCUAGCAGCCGGCAGAAGCAAGAGAAGUCCAGUCAGUGAGCCAGAGCGAGCCAUGGGCGGCAUUGCUGGUGGUAGAUGCCGGAUCAGUGGCCUGGCCUUGCUCGUGUGCGCCGUGCUCUUGUCCGCGACGACGAUGGCGAACGGCAUCAGGACUGGAGCAGCUGAUGGCACGGGUGCUCCUGGUCCGGCUGCUGCCGCGGCACAGGCUGCCACCCUAGCCGCGGCUCCUCCCGUCGCUGCCGCUGCAAUGGCACCACCUUCGGAGCGAGCUGCAUUGGAGGAUCCGUACAAGAACAGCAAGAGGAAGGUGCCGAACGGGCCCGAUCCGAUUCACAAUAGGAGAGCCAGAUGGGGAGACGCACCGGCAAGGAGAGUGUAAGGCAUCACGUAAACCGUGGAUCAAUGUUGAGAGGCUCGGCGAGCGAGCACACAAACAUUGAGGUGGAAUGGAAGGUUCCAUGGCUAAGAGCCAUGCAUGCA